UGCGAUGUCGAUUAUGUUAGCGGUGUCUGCGGUGCAAGGCGGUGGAGUUACUAAGCCUUCUGGUCUUGCCCAGUUUUGGAUGGAUGAUAUUAAAGCGCUAGACCAAAUAUAUGGAAAGACGUCCGAUAAACAGCUUUACGGAGCAACUUUACCACCAACAAUAACUUUCGAUUUUGAUUUAAAUAAAAAAAUUAAAGCACAAGAAUCAAAAAAGAAUGAACGCUUUGCCUCCCUUAACAAUGACGAUACGGGUUCUGAUGAGCAAUUGCAAUCUUUUACGUUCGGGGACCGAUACGCUAAGCUAUUCGGUAAGAACCUUAAAAGUGAACACAAAGUCAAAACAAAGACGAAACCGUUGAGUUUUGUAGGUUUAUCAAACUUCAAACCAAUUAGCCACUCAAGUGACCCCGAAAUGUAUAGUUACCUCAGACACCUUGAUGAUUACCAAUCAUACAAAGCCGAUCUAUCAGAAACCGAAAGUGAUUUUAAACCGUAUAAAGCGAAAACCGAAGAAGAAGAAGCAUACAGAAGCAUUCAAGAUAUCCUCGAGGCUCACGAAGCUAAUAAGGGACUUAAGGCUGAGUCAGAUUUCAAUGAUAGUAUUGAGAAGUAUCCAAGAUAUGAGCCAAAGGAUGAAGAGGAAUUCCCUCGAUACGCUGCAAACGCAAAGCCAAUGAAGAGCAAAGUCAGGUUCUUGAAGAAUAACAAUUUACGUUCAAGAUGCCGUUCGGGUAGAUGCAGGAAAAGACUUUCUACUUCCUACAGAUCCGGUUCACGACCUUACAUCCGGAAAAUCAAGCGUUAUAGAAUUGCAUAAUUGGCAAUAUUUCAAUUAUGUGACAUUCAAUGUUAUUGUAAUAGGUCUGCCAGUUACAUGCUUUCAGUAUUAGUAAUAAUGCAACGAGAAUGAAUUGGCAUAAUAAGCUUUAAG